ACCAUGGAAGUGUUCCAGCAUCAGCUACUCAGUCUUGUUGGGGGUCUGAUCUGUUUCUGUACUCUGAUAAAAUGCAUCAGAUUUAUGAGAGACCUUUUUCCAUAUAUCUGAAAUUCUUUGCCUUAGGUUUUCUUUCGGUCAAUAGGAGAACGGGCAGUGGUCACAGGAACAGGAGAUGGGAUUGGAAAAGCAUAUUCCUUCAGAAGUGGAUUAACUAUAGUGAUGAUAAGGCGAACUUUUGAAAAGCUGAAUUUGGUAAGCAUUUUUACAGAGCUGGCCACAGAUCAAAAGGUUAUAUAAGCUGAUUUCACUAAAAAUUCAGCGUAGGAGAACAUUGAAAAAGAUCUGAAGGACUUGGAUAUUGGUGUUCUGGCUAGCAAUGUUGGAAUUCUUUAUAAUCCUCUUCCACAUUGUUUCCUUAAUGGGCCAAACAUAGAAGAAUUAGGAUUAUUCUGUAGUCAGAAAGUCCUAAUUCUGAAUCUGUCCUCUGGUUCAAGAACUUUUCCUUGUCGAUUAUAUGCAAUGUACUCAGCUACUAAUGCUCAUUUAUCUACACUUCUACAACCACUACAAGCAGAGUAAAAGGCAAAGGUAAUUAUCAUACAGAUAGUGAUUCCUUAUGGUGUUUCUGCUCCAAUGACAAUGUACCAAAAACCUGGUGUUAUUACAAAGACAGAAGAGUUUGUUAGUGAAUCACUGUAGUAUGUCACCUUUGGAAAUAAGAUUUUUGGAUGUCUCACCCAUGAAAUUUUGAUUGAAUUUUGUUGUGUGUAAAUGUCUUCCAAAGACUCCACCCAAGUCUGUCUGGACUCAGCCCAUUCUUUUCACUUUUUCUCAGACCUUGGACAUGGAACAAGAAAGAGACAGUGGGUUGUUAAUGCUAAUAUGGCACCAGUAAAAUAUGAAGAGAGGAAUACACAAGUAAAGCAUAGUGGUAACAGCACAGUAUGGUUUUCUCUGCUUAUGAGCCUUGAGCUAAGCUCAGUUUCAUGUCUGAUUAGUCUUUAUUCUCUCUCCAGCUGCCUGUUUUCAUGACCUUGCUAAGGAAUUUUCCAAGACCUCUACUCCUUCAGAAAAAUUGGCCAGCAAUUUCAAAAGUUAUUAGGGGGAGAGGAAGGACAUAAAACCAGAAUGUACUGUCACAAAGACAUCAUUUCCUUAGAUAUCAUGCUAACAGAAUAGAGUAAAUAUUUAUACACAGCAGCUGUUAAUGAUGAGCAUUAAAUGCAAGUAUAAGAAAGGCAACAGAUUUGCUGAAAGUAGAGGAAUUAACAUUUUCCUCUAAGAGAAAUGUAGCUUCUGAAAGCCUGAAGUAAAGGCUUUUGUGGGCCUUAAAUAGGCUCUUAGAAAUUUAUAUUAUCAUUUUAACAUGAUCUUAAAGGUCACCAAUAAUUAUGCUUAUUUGAUAUUUAUUAAUAAAACAAUAAUUUGCUUUAUUUCCAUCUUGUUCACAGGGUAUUUUCAUGCUUUCAGUGAGUGUUUUGUGUCUUUGGUUUCAUUGGAAAAGGAAAUUUGCAAGAAGAUAAAAAUAAAUCUCAGAAUAUAAAGUACAUGCUGGGCUUUGGGAAGCCUGCAAUGAUAAAAAAAAUGUAUUUCUUUCCAGAGCCUGUGAACAGCUCUGCAAUAUCCGAUAUGGGAUGUAAGAGGCAGCAACAUAGGAAAAGGAUGCACAGUAAUUCUACACUGCUGAAUGAAUCUAGAGGACAAGUGUUUUGACUGGAUGCCUGUCAAGUCAAACUGGGUGCUAUUAAAAGGUAUUUCAAGGACAAUGCAAUCACCAGGCAUAGUCAUUGUGGGAUCAUAAAAGGAAAGUCCUGCCUAAUUAAUUUGAUACUCAUCUAGAAUAGUGUUACUUGCCUAGUGGAUGAAGGGAAGGUGGUGGGUAAGGCUUUUCUUGAUUUUAGUAAUAUUUAAUAAGAUUUUGGUAAGAUUUUUGGUGAUGUCUCUCAAAGUGUUCUUCUGGACAAGCUGUUGUGAUGAUCAGGUACACAAUGUACUGGAUGAAGAACUGGCUGAAUGUCAUUACUUCAGGGGUUUCAGUGUGUGGGGCUACAUCAGCCCAGUGAGCAAUCACCAGUGGUGUUCCUCAGGAAUUCACUGUAGGACCAGUUCUGGUCAACAAGUUUAUCAAUGAUCUGGAUGCAGGACUUGAAUGGGCCAUUUGUUGACAACACUAAACUAGGAGAUGCUAUUGACUCACUUCAGAGACAACAGACCUUGCAGAGGGAUCAGAAAUAGAUUGGAGCACUGGGUAAUUAUCAGUGGCAUGAAAUUAAACAGGAACAAAUCCAGAUUCUGCCCCUGGGAUGCAGUAAAGCUGGGCACAAGUGUAAGCUGGGAGAGGAGUGUGUGUAGAGCAGCACUGCAAAAGGGAUCUGGGGGUGCUGGUCAGCAGCAGCUCAGGGUGAGCCAGCAGUGUGUGCCCAGGCAGCCAGGAGGGCAAACCCCAUCCCGGGGUGCAGCAGACACAGCAUCACCAGCUGUGAUUGGGAUCAUCCUGCUGGAAUCAGCCCUGGUGCGGCCUCACCCUGAGUCCUGUGUGCAGUGCUGGGCCCCAGAGUCUGAGAAGGGUGGGAAGGCCCUGGAAUGGUCCAGAGGAGGAUAACAGAGCUGGUGGAAGGGCUGGAAGGCACAUCCUGUGAGGAGCGGCUGAGGGCUCUGGGUUUGUCUGAUCUGGAGAGAAGGCGGCUCAGGGGUGACCUCAUUGCUCGGUACAUCUCCCUGGGGAGGGGACUUGGAGAGGGAGGAUCUGAUCUCUUCUCUCUGCUCUGGACAUUAGGAAGCACCUCCCUACUGAGAGAAUGGUGUAACACUGUCACAGGCUUCCCAGGAAGGUGGUUGAUGUCCUGUGCCUGUCAGUGCAUCUGGACAAUGCUAUUCAUAUUGGGCUUUAACUGCUAGAUGGCCCUGAAGUGGUCAGGCAGCUAAACUACCUGACCUCUUGAAGUUCUUUCCAACUAUUUUAUCCUGGGCUAUGUUUGUUUCUGCUAUUUAAUCAGAUGCAUUUCUGUUCAUUAAAAAUCAGUAAUUUUCCCGUGUCUUUUAAUUUUGCAUGUUAAUUUAAUUGUGCAUUUCAGAAAGUGUUUGUAAAACACUUGUAUGAAGAUAGCAAGGAUUCUAUUAAUAAAUGAGAUUUUUUUGCCAAAUGUGAUGGACAGUCUCUGUAAUCUUUGCCAUGUAGAUGGAAGAGAAAUCACAAAAUGCAUCCUGCUGGCUCCAGAAAUUCCUGUCUGCUGCACUGAAGUAAAUGACAUCUAUGUAUAACACUAAGGAUUGAGCUGAGAUAUCUGAACUGAAAUAAUGAAAAUUGCAACACACAAAAUGAUAUGUGUUUUACUGCAGUAUAAUCAGGUUUGGCCCAGAUCUGCAAACAGUUGUAAAAAAUCACUUUACUCACAUGGGCUCCUAUCAGUUGGUUCUGUCAUUUAAUUCAGUGAAAGUGCUGAUGCACUUAUGUACUUUCAUGUACUUUUCAGAAUUGGAAAUAAAACUACUACUUGAAUAUUAUAACCCAAUGCAGAAAACAUCUGGAAAUAAGAAUGAGACAUCUAUGUUGGACAUUUCAGCAUUGAUGGUUUGAAAAGCAAGGAAUAAAAACAGUUUGUUCAGCACUCCAUAAAGACUAUGUUUUCAAGUGAUUAAGCUGUUUUCUUCAAAGUGUUAUAUUUGUGCAGCUGUGCAGCAAAUAAGUACAGAAUACAAGAUAUGUUACAUAUUGCAUGUACACCAAAAGCUGUUGAAGUUCCUGGGGAAAGCGUACAUUGAAUAGGAGGCCCAAGAGUGGGGUUUGUGUUUGUCAUUAGAAGUGCCUAUUUCUCUAUGUGUGUAUAUGCUCAGUCAAUACAUCCUCAGAUACAGCAUGGAUGCAGUACAUGUGUCUUUCCCAGUUCAUCCGCUCCAAGCACAUUCUGAGGCCUUGUCCCCAGGCAGCUCUCUCCAUGUUUGAUUUGCAUGUGUUGGUAGUCCCUGCAGGGUGAAGCAACUCCUACGGAGCAGUGAUUGCUCCUGCUCUGCUCGAGUCAGCGGGGAUCACUUAGGGAUUCAGUCACAGCAGCAACAAACCUGAGGACUCCCAUGCCUGCAGCGAGUCACGAUCCCAACAAUAUAGCUACAAAUUCCUUUAUUUUCUCUCUGACUUUCACACCAGUUACCUAACUCAUAUUAAAGAGUAUACUUUCAUCCUUCCUACAAUGACAAUGUUUUGUGACUGGAAACAAAUGUUUAUCUUAAAAAAAUGUUAACAAAUGUUACAGGGACUCCAGUAACACAGAAGUACCAUUGGUACAGGCAUGGGUUAGUGAGUAAGAGACUUGGUUUCCAAGGUUUGAAGUCCUGUCAUCUGUGACAAAUGACAAUUCCAUGUUUCUUGUCUCACAUCGGUUAAUAGUUGCGCAUUCUGUGUGAGUCUUGCAGGCUGUUGAGUAGAGAGCUGAGCAAUCAGCUUAGUGUUGAUUUGUUUCUCUUGAUGAACAUAAGGAUACUGUUACUUGUUGCGCUUGCAUGGUCAGUCGGUAGAGCAUCCUUGUUUGACUUCUCAGCUCAGGCCGAGGGUGUGAUUCAUGGGGUGUCCUGAGUAGGGCCAGGAGCUGGACUCGAUAAUCCUCAUCAGUCCUGUCCAACUCAGAAUAUUCUAAGAUUCUAUAAUUUUGUUUUUCUAUUUGCAGAAUAUUAGGCUGGAUCUUGCUGACUUCCAAUCUUCUAAUGAGAAAUUAGAAGAGCUGUCUCUAAUGAUAAAUUAACCUAAGUCUGCAAGAAGAGGUUUCUUUUCCUUUGACUUCUCAGAGAAGUUAGUGAGUGGAUCAGCCACCAGUGUGUAAGCUUGGAGGAGAAGCAAUGGUACCUUCCUCUUCAUUUUGUACACCAUGUGUUCUCUCUGAGUGCUGAAGAACUCAAAAGUUAUAUUAUCUGCUCUUGCUCUAAGUUACGUUAUCUGUCCUUGCUCUUGGACCUGGUUGAUGGGGAAAUGGAAACAGAAGGGAAAAAGGGCAGUUCUUCCCAGUACUCCCUACCUAGGGAGAAGGUGAAGGAGCAGACCAGCAAUUUCCUCUUUUGUGAUGAAACAUUGCCAAUAACCGCAAAACCGCACACUGGAGCAGUGGCUCACCAUGGAAGGAUUCAGUAGUAUCCCUGUUUACGGAGUGGGAAGAAGUGGGGAGAGCUGAAGCCCCUGCCCCAAGCCACCUGGAGGAAGGAGGAUCCUCUCAUGACAACUACUGUUCCCCUCUCCUCAGCCUCAUUCUCCUAUGACUUCUAAGGAGACUCACAGCUCAGAAAGCCAAAUGCCUUAAGUAACAAAAAUAAUAGCUAUCCACCUAGAGCCAAACUUUGCUGGGCUUAUGUACUUAAAUCUUGACUCCACCAAACUGGGGAGUUUGAUGAAAAGCUGCCAUCCAUGCCUUAAUGGAGAGUUAUAUCUCCUUUUCCCAGGGUCCCUGCAUCAGGGAAUUACAGGAUGGUUUACAUUGGGAAAAAACUUCAAAGAUCAUCUACUCCAACACCUCUGCCAUGGGCACCUUCAGGAAACCUAGACUGUUUUUCUGAGCAAUGAAAGAAUAGAGAAGAGAUACAAGGAAGAGCACUGGACCUGUGGAAAAAAGAAAUUGGGUCAGAAAUACAGUGUAGUGCACAAAGCAAAAUAUUUAAAGAAUCUCUCCUUCUUUCACACAUUCACACUGUUACAUUCCCCAGCUUUCCCCUGUGAGCAUGCAUGUGCAUAGUCUCAUAUGUGUGUUGCCAUAGUGUUGGUGGCCUGAGUUACUCUGAAGCUGGUCUUCAAUAAGAGCCACAAAAAAAAAAAAAUUUGAGAAAGUCAGACCUUUUUGUCCUUGAGGCUCCUUUCAGGUAGAAAAGUGCAAGUGUUCACUAGGGGUUUAGAAUGCAUAGUGUGCAGGCCAGUAUAGAGUUGAGUGAGGGGGUUUUAUUGGUUGUUUUUUUGGUUUUCUGGGGCUGUAGGGGGCUUUUGUUUGUUUGGUUUGGUUUCUUGCUUUUGGGUUUUGGUUUUUGGUGGGGUUUUUUGUUGUUG